AUAACAGACUGAAAUGAUGUAUUUAUGUAAGAAACAGAACAUUUUUUUGCUUAAAGGAUUGCAUUUUAUUGAAACACGUGUAACAAAUCUUUUUUAUCUUAUCAUUAUCCUCUCACUUUUUAAAUUUUAUUUACUUUUAUUUUUUAUUUAUUUUUUUACUGUCGUAACAAAUCUUUUUAGAAGAUGGAGUUGUCAUUCUAUUCUGAUGAAACCAAUUGACCAAUCCAAGCACAUACAUGCUGUACACAGAGAGCCAAAGUUAAACACACUUUUUCUUUUUUCAUGAUUCUAAGGUUUUUGCUGGAACACUGCCCCAUGCCUUCCCUGGGCAUAAUGUCCACAGUUCAAAUUUUAGACAUUGAGGUUCAGGCGGGGCAGACAAGUGUCCGAGACCCUGGUUCGGCCUCAGAGAGGGUCAGCUGGGUCCUGAGCACCCUGCCCCUCCUCACGCCGCCUGGGCAGAGCUGGAGGAAGAACUGCAAAUGUUCCUGUAACACGGUCACAGCAGAAGUCCCACGGCGGCUGGUGCCGGGCUCCACACACCACAUCCUGUGUUGCUCGGGCUCCCAAACUCAGUCUCCACCCUGCUGCCCCACAUUCGCUGGCAGCCUCUGCUAUGCUUUCCACGGUCGCUGCCCUGCUCGGUGAGUUCCCACCUGGAAGGGAGCCGGGAUCCAGGGUGCCUGGUUCGGCAACGUCUCAUUAUUCCUGUCUUCCAGGGCUAUGUCUGUGCCAGCGGAUCAGCGCCCAGAAACAGACCCUCUCGAAACCCAUCAUCUGGGCCAAGCCUGGUUCCGUAAUUCCCAAAGGAAUGGCAGUGAUCAUCUGGUGCGAAGGAACUUUCGGGGCCGUUGAGUACCAACUGCAUUUUGACGGACUUCUUUCCUCCUUCGAAAGACCAACCCCCCCUGGAAUUACGAACAAGGUCAAGUUCGCCAUCCGGCUCAUGACCCAACGCAGUGCAGGGCAAUACAGGUGCUUCUACAGAGAGGGGGAGCUCUGGUCAGAGCCCAGUGACCCUCUGGAUCUGGUGGUAACAGGAAUGUAUGACACACCCACCCUCUCAGUUCAUCCUGGGUCUAAGGUGAUCCCAGGAGAAAAUGUGACCUUCCAUUGCCAUCUAGAGACUGGAACAAGCACGUUCUUUCUGCUCAAGGAGGGAAGACUCAGCAGCCCACAGCGCAGAAAUGGGAAAUUUCAAGCAGAGUUCCCCAUGGGGCCUGUGACCACUGCCCAUUCAGGGACAUACAGGUGUUUUGGUUCUUACAAUGACUUCAUGUGGUCUUUCCCCAGCGAGACUGUGGUGCUCCUGGUCACAGGAGACGUUGGGGACACCAACCUUGCACCCACAGGACAGCCCUCUUCUGAUGCUUGGGAGCCCUCCUUGUUCACCACAGAGGUGGUGGGAUUCCAGGAAGGUCGUGUCAUCUGGGAUCACCGAGCUGACACUCUUCUACGGGUGGGUCUCAUUUUCCUGGUCCUGGUGGCCCUUGUGUGUCUCCUGGCUGAAGACUGGCUCCGAGGGAAGACAACAGAAGAGAUAGCCAAUGGGGCUUCAAAACAGGAAUGCAGGGUAAGGUUCAGGACCCAGAGAGCCCUGGACAAAGGACGGAGAGAUGCAGUGGCCAUCGGUAAAGCUGAACUCUGACCUUGACUUUGGGCCACGUGAUCUCCAGGUUUGAGGGAAACUAAGGGGCGUGUGCAUGGAGUUUGAUGCACCAUCCUGGAGGGAGCAAGAAGGGAGGAUGAAGAUGCUAAGUUCUGCUGCAGGAGAUCCCACUGUCUCUUAGAACUCUAGGUUAUAAGUAUUUUUAUUGUUGUUGAAUUUAUUAGGUUGACAUUGAUUAAUUAAAUUAUAUAGGUUUGGGGUAUACAA